UUCAAGAUCGCGAUUUUGAAUGUGGUCGGAAGCGGCGCCGUGGGAGCGCAAGUUCCAUGAGAUCGUGACCGAUCUGAUUGCCGACGGCGGACUCACGGUGGACCUAUCCACGAAGGUUUCACUCUUGGAGAAGCUGGCGGACAAUCUCGAGCAUGAAACGGAGACGGCCGACGAGACGGUGGUCGGCAGGAUGCUGGCGUUGUGGAUCUUGAUCGUGGGUAACGUGGACCAAGUGUCAGUGGUAUCGUACAAGUACAUUUGCUUCCGCCUCAUGACAAUGCUGCUGCGUCGACCAGAGUUCAAGCUCCAGAGCCUCGACUUUGACUUCAACACCCAGGACGUGCGGAAAGAAGGUGACCCCGAAGCAUGGCGUCGCAUCCAUCUCGUCCGCAAACUCGUGAGUGACACAUUCGUGUACUCGUCGAAGUUGCUUCUCCACGAUAAUCAGAGCGACGCCACGUACCGCUUUUGCGCGGUCGUGGCGGCGCAUGCGUACUUUGUGUUUCCGAUGAUGCAGGCCCCCUUCGUGGACAUAUGUAUUUGGCGCUAUGGCCACCACCAGGCCAUUGCAUCUCCAUCUUCGUCGUCAUCUUUCCAUUCGAAAGUGCAUGCUCUAGUCCGCGCCAUGUCGCUGCAACCAACGCACACCGAAUUCAUGGACCGGACGCCAGACUUGUUUCAUUGGGGCUGGCUGGCCAAACAGCCGUCGGACGCAGCCAUGUUACCGGACGAUUCCACAUGGCGCUACCUCCUUGACGCGAACGACGGCCACCUCUUCUGCGCAUUCGUCCAAGCGUUUCACGACCAUGUCGACCGCGCCAUCGACGCCAGCGCGUCCCACGUGUCGGUCGUUGGGUGGGGUAUGGUGCCGGGGUACCUACCGCUCAUGCAGUUGUUUGCGGUCGUGCUGUACGACGCGGUGGUUGUGUUGACGGAUCAAUUUCUCAAUCAAGAUCGUCACCCCCCUCCUCGUAAUGUCGCCCUCGCUCCAUCAACAACACUCUUCCCCAUGACACCACUCUUGUGCGAGACGGUGCUACGCACCGCCACAGUCGUGGCCACCUGCGGCCACCUCGUGCCACUGUGGCUCGUUGUGGCCGUAGCCGCUGCCUCCACCGACCGUAGCACCGCGUUGUCCAAGUCAGAAUGGGCACAAUGGGGCAUGCCGCCAUGUAUCAUCCAAGCAACGACCGCGUGGAUUCAAGUCGGAGCCAACCCACAUACUCGACACAAACACAACAGCAAGGACGACAGCCACGUUCAAUCGUUGCUCUUGUAUCCGUCGUACAUUCGCCUUCACGAGAUAGUAGUGCACAUGUCGACCGUUUUCCCCAACGUGACUUGUGCACCCGAAGGCGUCGUCGUAUCUGUGAUGGAGUGGGUGUACACCCACAUACAGCGGCUACCCAUCGAGGACAAGGCCGUGGUGGCCAACUCCCUACUCGUCCAGCCGCAUUUCUACGCGCUGUUUCUGCAUUGGUCCCCUAAGGUCCGCCUCUGCCUGCGGCAUUUGCUCGUGUAUCGGCUGUUCCGCCACGACCGCCGCACGUUGCACUUGGCCAGUGACACGUACGUCGCCGUCGUCGGAUCGUGACAUCUGAUUCGGGGCCGAGUCUGCGUGGAUGUCGUGGGAUGUAUCUGAUUAUUCGUCUGAUUCUCGCCAUGGGAUGGUUUGGAUAUGCUGACAUUCGGAUAUCUAUCUAUAUAUAUAUUAGGUGUAGAUAUCCGAAUAUAUAUAUAGAUAUCAAUUUAUCGGAAAGGUUGGAUUGAUCUUGGGUGGUGGCUGUCGAGUAGCGCGUUGUUGCUGGGUAUGGGCCAAGACAAAAACAACUCAUGUGAACCAUCCAUUGGGUUUCCUGUGGAAGACAAACCUGAAGUGUUGUCGGACAGCCCGAGCCUCAUGCUGGAUCUGUCCCUGGCCAGCAAAGUGGACACGUUCGUGUACAUGCUUGGCCACCCUCGUAUACCAACCACCAGCAUUCGCAUGUUUCCAGAAGCGCUCGAUAUUUUCGUGGACGAAGCGCUACUGGAGUAUGGCGUGGCGGUGCAAGAGUACUACCACCGAUGCGCCACGAUUGAAGCCAACGAGCGAAUAAAUCCCAUGGACGUCGUGGAGGGGCCACCUUUGGCAAGUCUCUUGGCGGCGCUCGAAUGAAAUGAAUGCAGUUUUGGUCUGUAAUCGAUUUAAAUUCCAACGAGAA